UGCUUAGUGGCAGUUGUUUACAAGUCGGCGUCCUUGUCUUCGGGGACACCCAGGCGGCACUGGCGUAGUUUGGCCCCGAGAGUAAAUAAUGUCUGUGAAACACGCCAUUAGUCGCGGGCUCGAGCUGGGCCGCUCGGUCUUUCAGCUGGGUCUUCUCAAAUCCGGUGUCCGAGUCGCAGCAAAGCUCCGAGUUGACCGUUUUCGUGUCGGCCCGUCGGUCCGCACCGCUCAGCCUCAGGCUUUCCUGCCGUCUCGGUACCGCUUCUACCGCUCUUCUCUGCGGGGCUUGGCUGCUCAGCUACAGUCCGCCGGCUUCAGGAGGCGGUUCACUUGCGGGUCACCGCGGAACAGGGCCCUGUGUUUGGCCUUUGGUCUCGGUAUCGGACUCAUUGAAGAACAGUUCGAGGAUGACAGAAAGAGUGCGGCGACAUGUCAGGAGAUCCAGGCUGUAUUUAGGAGGAAAAGGUUCCAAAGCCCUCUUAAGAUGUUCACCUCUGGAUAUAAACUGGAGGAUUACAUCAUUGGGAACCAGAUUGGGAAAGGCUCCAAUGCAGCAGUGUACGAGGCUGCAGCUCAAUCUGCCUCUCCAAAGGAAAGUGACAGCAAGUGCUCCCUGGUGCAGCUGAGAGAUGACGAGGAGGAGGAAGGAGUGAAGACUCGGUCUGUGAUGUGCUGCUCGCUACGAAACUUCCCUCUGGCUAUCAAGAUGAUGUGGAACUUGGGAGCAGGUUCAUCAAGCGAGGCAAUAUUGAAAUCCAUGUCACAGGAGUUGGUGCCUGCAGCAGCCCAGGCUGUAAAGCAGGGGAAAGAGCAUAUUAUCCUAGAUGGACAAUUUGGAGUCCUGCCCAGAAGAGUGUCAGCACAUCCAAAUGUGAUCAGAGUGUACCGGGCUUUCACAGCAGACGUUCCUUUGCUUCCAGGUGCACAGGAAGAGUAUCCAGAUGUGCUGCCAACCAGGCUUAACCCAGCUGGUCUGGGCAACAACCGCACUCUUUUCCUGGUCAUGAAACACUAUCCAUACACACUGCGACAGUAUCUGGAAGUGUCCACACCAGACUGCAGACAGGGCUCGCUGAUGGUGCUGCAGCUGCUCGAGGGGGUCGACCAUCUGUGCAGACAGGGUGUGGCUCACAGAGACCUCAAGUCAGACAAUGUGCUGUUGGAGUUUGACUCAGGUGGAUGCCCUCGUCUAGUGAUUUCUGACUUUGGCUGCUGCCUGGCCCAGCGUGACUCGAGUCUACAGCUGCCCUUCAACAGUAUGUGGGUCAGCAAAGGAGGGAAUGCCUCACUCAUGGCACCAGAGGUUGUGACUGCUGUCCCAGGAUGUGGUGUGGUGAUUGACUUCAGCAAAUCGGAUGCCUGGGCUGUGGGUGCCGUCUCCUAUGAGAUUUUCGGCAAACAGAACCCAUUCUAUAGAGCUGUGGGACUGGAGAGCAGCAAAUACGAGGAGAAGCAGCUUCCUUUGCUGCCCUCUACUGUUCCUGCUGAAGUGCAGUCACUGAUCAGAUUACUCCUCAGGAGGAACCCGAGCAAGCGCCCCAGUGCUCGUGUCGCUGCUAAUAUGCUACAUCUCAGCAUUUGGGGACGGAAUGCCCUCGCCAGUCAGAACCCCAUUGACAUGAAGAAGCUGGCCGACUGGCUGCUGUGUCAGUGUGCUGUGGUUCUCCUGAGGGGCUGUUGUGGACCCAGUGGGAACAGUGUGGAGGCGGAGCUUCAGAGGAGCUUUUUGUCUAACCUGGAACUGGAGGACCUGCGCACUGCUGUGUGCUUCCUGCUGUAUGGACGACAGCUGCAGCCGGCGGCCUCCAUACUGUCUGCAUAGAUGCACUUAAACACAUGAAAUAAGAGUCAAUUGUAUGAAUAGGCUGGGAAGCUAGAGUCAAAAGUUGCUUUCAUAUUUACAAAACAUCUAUAUUUAUACUAUUUUACAAUCUUUGCUGCAUCUGAUGGCUAAAUAGAUGAGAAAAGCAUCAACUACUGUCAGUAACAAAGUACUUAAAGUUCCCAUAUUAAUAAUGUAUUCAACGCAAAGUACUCAAAGUUAUUAUUUUUACAAUUACAAGAUGAUCACAAGCUUUAGUGCAGUUUUAGGCAUCAACUAGAGAAGAUGGUGAAAGCAAAUGCAGAUCAUUUAGAUUAAAAUAACUAUGCUGCAAGUGUCAGAUCUCACUGUUUUAGGGACAAGAUGAAUGAAUGUGUUGUGGGUUUGCAGCAUGUGUUUUGCACUUUAUGUCCCUGAUUGCACUCACUCAGAGCCAUAUGUGUAUGGUUUACUGGUGUUGGUUUUGUUGCUAGAUUAUGUAGAGUACCAAUUAUAUUCUGCUAAAUGUAUUUGAAUGGUUUGAAUAGAGUACAUUUUUCACACUAUCAUUGGCCAUCAACGGUGGGCUGUUUGGGUCUGAAGAUGAGUGUAUUGUAUAUUUUGGAUAUAAUAAAGGUGUCUUUAAAAUGG